ACCAACAGCCAGCAAUUUCGAGCGCGGGAAAUUCGUGUAAAUCGCGCUAAACACGCAAAACUAUUCAGUGCGCACAAAUCACUGCAGCCAAAUCAGUUCAAACAAUCGAUUGGUGUUGGCAAUCGAGUGGAAUUCCAAGCCGAAAACCAUUACAAACGGGAAAGCCGUCGAAAAAGCAACAACACACAAAACACCAAAACGGCCGCCGUGCAUGUGUGUGUGUGGUACAGUUGGGUAGAAAAACAUCGACAUCGCGGCUGCGGGGUUGCCACCUGGUUGCCUUUUCUUUUGGUUUUUUGGCCACUAUUGCCACCACUUUUGCUGCUCCGUUUCAGCAGUUCAGUUCGUUUGUUGUUGUGCAUCCUUUACUGGUUUUUUUUUUUUGCUAUAUUUUGCAAUUGCAUUUUGGAUUUGCAAUAAUUGGGCAUUGGCUAUAACACCCGAUUUUCAAUAAACGCGCUAGAGUGGCCAUCCAUUGCGCGGAGAGCGGGAGCAGACAUAAAAAGAGAGAGCGCCGCGUUGUGUGAAAGUGCCAGCGAAAGAAGUCCGUUUUUAAGGCACAAAAUAAACGCCAGAGAAAAUGUAAAGCGAUUUGCAAAGCCACCCAUGAAAGAUGCGAGCUGGAAAAAAACAGGCAGCUGAAAGCGUCAAGACACGUCCUUGCAUUGUCUACGUGAGGAAUCUGCACGAGGAGGAGGCGCCCACGCGAGGUGCAGCGCCAGCCGGCAAACUGAGGAAGAGGGAUCAGCAGCGGGAGGCGCAGCAGGAGCUGCGGGAGACCCGCACCAGUCGGCGCUCUGUCGUGCCGGUCCAGCAGGACAAGCCCACUCCGCGCACCCGGCACGCCGUUAAGCCAGCGGCCUCGCCAUCACCAUCGCCACCGUCACGCCCCAAGAUCUCCAGGGAUCAGGUCGCCGCCCGGGAGCAAUCAUCAUCAUCAUCAUCAGCAGCCAAUCUGGCCAAGAGACGCAGCACCCUGCUGCUAGGCGGCAGCCAUACCCACGGCGGUACUCAUCACAAGCUGGGCCUGCUCAAGGCACAGGCGGCGGCACCGCGGCGCUCCCAGGCGGCCCAAGCGGAGACGCCCAAAAUGUACAAGCAGCCGGCGGCGGCUGCCAAGCAUGUGCCCGAGAGUCCGCCGCCCACCAUUGCGGCCAGUCGCUCGCGGCGCUCCAUCAAACCGAAUCCCAAGUAUGCCAGCGAUGACAUAGUCACGCCCAAGUACAUGGCCACCUUGGGCGACGGUGGCGGUGGUCACUCCAUUGCCGGACGCCACGGCAGGCAGGCCAAGCAGCUGUUCACGAACGACGACGACAUCAGCGACCUGCUGGACUUGGACGAGGACGAUGAUGAUGAGCUGGCCGAUGCCGCGUUCAAUCCUCAGCUGCACAAGUCCGACGAGGAUGACGACGACGACGAGGACGAGGACAUGAGCGAGGCCGAGUACGAGCAGGAGCUGCGUCGCAAGCUGCCGCCCGUCAAGCGUGGACGUGGACGUCCACCGAAGGCCAACAAUGCCAAUGCCGCCAGCACGCACAGUGCGGGCAAUGUGACUUCCAGUGGGGCCACCCCCAAGAUAUCCAUCAAUUCCACCGGCGGUCGGACUGCGCCCAGUGGCCUACAGCAGUUGCGACGCACCAUGGCCGUGAAUAUGGCACGAAACAAUGCCAGCCUUACGGAGGGAUCGGGUUCCGGCUCGGCCGCCGCCGCCAAGCGAAAGCUGGAAACCAGUGAUGGCGACAGUCCACCAGUGGCCCGCAAGCGAAUGGUCAUCUCCUCCUCGACCCAGCAGCGCAGCGUACCGGUGGUAAAUGGCGCGACCAGCAAGACAAGUGCGCCCACGAGACCCAAAUUGGGUCAUCAGGCGGGCGGUGUGCCAGCCCGGAUGCUGCCACAGCGUCGGGGCAGUAACUACAAGAUCAACCCCUCGUCGAGCAACAACUCCAAUGCGGUGGUCAGCUCCACGCCCACAACACGCUCCGUGGGCGCUGGUGCCACCAAUAGUGAUGCGAAAAACGAGUCUGAAACGGAUGAGGUGCCCACAUUCACCAUCGUCAACAUCGAUGACAUUAUCAACCAGGACGAUGUGCUCAUUACCAGAUCCCAUAAUGCUAUUGCCGCCGCUGCAACGGGUGGUAAUGCCAGCAAAAAGCUUGCUGUGGGCAGGCCCCGUACCCGGAACAUCCCCUCCAGCAAUUUGGGGGCCAGCGAAAAGAAAACCAUUGCUGUUAACUCGGAGAAGAGCACGCCCGCUGCUGCGAAUAACAACACAGCCGCCGGACAUCAGGCCAAGCGCAUCAAGAUCCUGGCCAGCAAUAGUAGUGUGAACACCAAAUUGGGACCCUUGCAUAUCCAGAGUCAGAGUCAUAACCAAAUCCAGCAUCCCAAGCCCAGGCCGCGAAUACUCAAUGCGGAGAUGGGCAAGAAGACGCAGUCGAUGAAGCCGCUGAUGAGCAUGGGCAAGGAGUUGUGCCCCACGGACGUGGACACCGAGGAGGAUGAUCCGGAUCCAGAUUUAGAUUUAGAUUUUGAUGACGAUGACAUACCGGCAUCGAUUGUGAGCCGAAAGAAUCCCAAACAGGCGGUUACGGUUCCAGUAGCAUCAGCAGCAGGAGGAGGAGGCGGACCAACAUCGGCAGCCAGCAAGUGGAACGCUAACCGACGCAAUGUUCUCUCCACGACGGCAUCGACUGUGAAUGCCCGGGCCGACAGGAAGCUGAGCAAGCUGCUGGGCGAGGUCGAUGAGCCACAGGUGUUCAAGAAGCCCAGCUUGAGUCCCCAGCGCAGGAGCAAGGAGAACCAGCAGCUGCAGCAGGAGCAACGCGACAAGGAGGAGGCUGGGCAGCAGAAGGAGCCAAUACCCGCUGGUGGCGGGCCAGAGGAUAACGGCAGUCCCAAAUACUUUCCGCCCGAGACAACCACUUUCUGCGAGGAGGACGGGCGCGUUGUGAAGAAGAUCACCUGCUACGAGACGUGGCAUGUGAUCAGCACGCCCAAGGAGUCGCCGGCGAAGACGACCCGGCAGCAGCGUACCUGCCUGGAGCUGGCGCUGGUCAAGCUGGCCAAUGUGGCGGCCAGGAUUAAGGUGCCCUCCGGCAAAUGGACCAGCAAGGUGACCCUAUACAAGGUGUCGCCCUCGCUGAUGACCCGCCAGACAAUGACCAUCUUUACGGGCGAUCUCACGGCGUACAAUAUACCGGAGGACGACCGACACAAGUAUCAGCCGUCGUGUGUACUCUUCCGCCGCUCGGUGAUGGAUAGGAACAAGUGCCGGGUGCCGUACGAUCGGGCGAUCAUCUUCAAAAACAAGUGCUUCUAUGCGAACAUCGAUGGCAAGCAUGUGAAUCUUAUGGGCGCCCCCGAGACGGUGGCCACCGUCAAGGAUGUGGAGAUCCUGCUGGACAUUGUCGACCGUCUGUCGCUUAGCAGCGCUCUGGUGGAGAUGGUCAACACCAAGUGAGGAGCGGAGCACCAGCAACACGUAUCACAUUGUAAAAAAUAAUUCACACAACACAACAAAACACCACCACCACCCCCCCACACACACAACAAAAACGGACACUCGAUAAAUUGUUUUAAUACAGUAGCAAAAACAAAACAAAAACCGAUAUCAUAAAAGUUUUUUUUUUUGUAAAACCAUUAACUUAGUUGUAAUAGUUAGUCUAGCGUAAUUAUUAUAUAAUAUCUUAUAUCCUAAAACAGCGGACGGACAUACAUAAAUACAGGUGUAUCUAUGUAUCAUAAACUAAACAUUUAUACAUAUAUCGCGCAGGACCCGAAGAAAAUCGGAUGUAAAGGUUCGGCGGAGGAGAAUAAAUCCUGAUUUUAAUUUUAAUGUCUGGUGAGGCGUUGGCAACCCAAACCACCCCCAAUCCCCCCUUAAAAAGCAUAAAAUCGAACACUUUUUUAAACGGCAGUUAUGUAAAUCGUAGUUCAUUUAUACAUAUAUGUAAAACAGGGCGUACUCAUGUCUGUUUACGUCGAAAAUGGAGGACUAGCUUUUAGGUCGAGUGUAUAUUUAAGCGAUCCCCUUUAAAGUAUACAAAUAAAAAGAGAAAACUGAUUUAAAUAA